UGACAAAAUGGAAACCAGCAGGAGUGUGAGGAGACCUGAAAGUGGCACAUGGCAGAGUGGGAGCAAUGGGAGGCGGUACAGGGACCCAGGUCACACUGUGGGCCCAGCAGCAGCGUGACCAGGCGGUACGGGGGCCCAUGGCAGAUUUGGGGCCUGGCAGCACCUAUGGGAGGCCUGUAACCUGCCAGCAACCUAUGACAAAAUGGAAAACCGCAGGAGUGUGAGGAGACCUCAAAGUGGCACAUGGCAGAGUGUUGGCGAUGGAGACAGCAGCAAUGGGAGGCCGUACAGGGACCCAUUGAGAGACUCUGGACCUGGGCAGCAGCAUGA